UUCGCUCGGCCCGCGAUGGUCGUCGCUGAUCGUGAGUGAGUUUUUUGUGAGCAGAUUCGCGCGCGAUUUCUCUCCCCUUCUUCGUACGAUAAGCGGCCGGAUUAGUGGUGGUCGCGGAAACGCGAGGGAUUGGUGAGGCGUUUUUGCGGAUUUUGGAUCACGCCAACCUCCGAUUUGAUGUGUGUGCGAUAAGGAUCUUUGGGUUCAAUUUAUGACCAUCUCGGCGAAGAAAGUGAUGCUGUUUUAUUGACCAAUCAGCUCGCGCGAUGAGCAACGAGUGAUUAGGCGAAAAGGAAAGAUUUUCUCCUAAUCUUAAUGGGGAAGUGAAUGUUGUCGUGUUUUUUUUCUGUGAUUUUUUAUUGUUGUUCUUUUUUGGGACUCGCGUGACGUCAAAGACAUGGUCUUUUGUGUCCUUUGUCCAGCAGUUCAGUGUCAAGUUCGUCUACUGGAGACGAAGCCUUAGACAACAAUUGAAGCUAUGAAGAAGUCACUCAGCUGUCGAACAGUGUCGACUUCGAAACCGUCGGAUCUACGAUGAGUAGGGGAACUUCAGCAGUGCUGGCGUCGUCGGUUCGUACUGACAGAAAUCGCAAAAGUGCAAUUGUUUGCAAACUGCAUCGUGCGUCUUCUACGUCGUUAUGGUUAAGUGGCUAUUCGUACCUCUAACCUCAAAAUGGUCGGCCUGUGUUGGUGUACGCGUGUGUGCCCACCGUGAAAUUGUGUAUGUCUACGUGAAUCUGUGUCUGUGACCUGCAAUCAAUAAUACGAUAAUGUGAUAAGUAGAUAAGUGAUUGCUGUCGAGAAAUUGAUCGAAACCUCCAAGUCAGCGCGCUUGCACAACCCCUCGAAAAUCUGCUGUAAUUGUCGCCGAACAAGGAAUACCCGGAGCUCGCCCGUACCGCCUUGCCAGUCCUCCAAAUCGAGGACAAUCGAGCAAAACACAUAAUUUGGAACCGCACAAAAGGAUUCCAACCAGUUCCACCCACCGGUCACCGGGGGUGACCAUCCCCGCCCAGGAUGUACUCCUCCAGGACACUUCCCGCAUCGGUGCCACCGCCGCCGCUCACUGGUGGUGAAAAGCGGUCCACCGUCGACAAGCAGCAGAGCUUCAUCCAGCGGUUCUACCUGUUUGGAACAAACCCGAACUCUUCUUCGUCCUCAUCCUCGAGUAGCAGUGCCAGCACUUCCGGAAGUGACUCGCCACACGAGUCGUCACCGGUGGUGAAGAAAAGCAGGAAGAAAUUGGACGGUGGCGAAGAUUCGCACCAGACGAACUACAGUGUUCAGCGGUUGAAGCAGUUCUGGAACAACCGGUUAAGCAUCGGAGCCAAUCCGGGUGAAACGAGUGAGAUCGCGCUGUCGAGAAAGCUUAAAAGUGUAACGCUAGGUCCGUCGAAUCCGUCCCGCAAGCCAGCGACGCCGGAGUUUCUUCGACGUAACGGUUCCACCAGGGGGUCAGCCUCCCGGCGGAACAUUGUCCGGAACAGUUUGGUUCCGUUGUAUACCAACUUGGGAGCGAAGAAGAUUGCCAGCCCAAAGGUUAGUCGAGUGAGUCGGGAAGUUGAACGGAAUGACUCCGUCACCCAGAAGCGAUCCAGCGUAGUGUUGAGUCCGGUUCGCGAUCCGAAGCAAGACAAACGAUCCUGCCUGGACCGGGUAGGGUAUAAUGCGGGGUUUCCCCUGGUGACGGCCACUGCCACCGGAGGUCGCAUCAAUUGGGCCCGAAGGGCGGAGCUGUUGGGGAUCAGGUCGUUGAGUAGCUCGUCGACCGAAGAUCUGCCAAAGAUGCCGCUCAAGACGGAACACUUCGUGGGGAACUUUAUCGGCGUGGACAUCCAAAGCGGAUCGCCACCACCGUCCACGGAAGAAGAGACGAGUCCCGUGGUCGAAACCGCACCUGCAAGUCCCAAACUAGGCUUACGGGAUUCACUGGACAGCAAGAAGAGCUCAAGUUCCAGCGAUACUCACUCGCUGGGACGACGCCACGGGACGCCAACGAGGAAGGUCAGCUUCCGAACCACUACCUCGCCGUACAACCGGAAGCUGCUCAACCCCAGUGGCAACAAGGUCGCUGCCCUGACCAACAAGUUCAACAAGCUGAUCCAGCAAGAUGCGGGUAUCUUGGAAGAGGUCCGGAAACGCGGCGGCUACCUGCACAAAUCCGGUGGCCACGUGUACAAAGUCGUCGACAGCGAUGGAAGCUCGGGUAGUCUGCGCAAGAAACCUCCAUCGUCAGCAAGUGGAAGCUGCAGUCGAACGGACGAAAGCUCGGACGACGUUUCCGUGGGCAGCAAAGGAUCCUACCGAAAGUCAGGAGUCAAAAAGAGACCAAGCUUGCGCAAAAACCUCUACCGCAGGCCGGAACUCGAGGUCAACCGGGUUUCCAUGUGCGUGAAGCAAGCCCUGGAGAUCUUCGAACCGAACCAGCACCAACCGCAGCAAGGGCUGGGUCCUAAAACGGACCGGAAACCUCCCCCGGGACGUUCGAAACCCAAAGUGCCGGACAAGAGCGAACAGGUCAUCCUGAAGACGAAGGAACUCAAGUGCAAACCGAAGCCGAUCCAAAUCGAAACCAAAAGUUGUGAUAGCAAGCCCGAAGAGGUCGUAGUGUUAAACGAGGUGCCAAAUAGUGUUAGCGAAGAUAGUAUUAAAGAGCCGGUCGAGCGAAGUGAGAUUGAUGGGAAUACUCAAGCGGCUGCUUCGGAGAAGCAGCCGGAAGAAAAGUCUGAACGCGAGGAGGAGAAGUCGGCGCCGCCGCCGCAACCAACUCCCGAGUAUUCCGCAGUAGUGAAAAGAGCUGAAGUGACCCUUGAACUUGCUCAAGACAAGCAGAAGAAAGACAAAAAGGUGAAGGAGAAGGAAGCGCAGAAGACUCCGCCGCUGAAGCAGAAGAGUACAGUUCAAAAGAUCUACGAGAAGUUUACCUUCCGAUCGACGAAGAAGAUCAAUCUCAGCAGUUCGGAGCGAGCUGCCAGCGAAUCUCAGCUGAAUACCGUGAGUACGGACGCCGAGGACAAGCUGCUGUUUGUACCGGACAAUCGGCUAACCCGGAAGUCGUUUGUGUCUUCCAUUGAAAUUCCAACGAUUCAAAUGGAAGAGCCGCAAGAGAGUAGCUCGGAUCCUGCGGAUCGCAAGAUUGUCGAUGCGAUUCAGUCGUUGAACCAAAAGAUCGAUAACUUAUCCAGAAGCUUCAACGAUCUGUGCUUGAACGACUCCGACCAGGAGUCCGAGGCGGAACCGGCGGCUGUCCAACCGAACAACUCUUUCCUGUUCCGAAGCAUGUCGAAGAUCAGCAACGGCAACGAAACUGCCGUCAGCCAGCUGAACAUUGUUCAAGCGAUCAACACGGUCGUGAUCAACAAGUCCCUCUCGAUGGACGGUCAUCACUUCCCGUGCCGGAACAAUCUGGACCGGUUGAGUUUGAACGAGAAGAUUCCGGUAGUGAUCGUCAACCAAACGUCGACAACGAAACCGACCGAAAACGACUACGAACUGGUGUCCAGAGUGGAAUCUCCCAAGAAGCUGGAGACUUCCUCGUCUAAGGGCAGCACCAUGAGCAUCGAUCUCGUGGAACUAACCUCAAAGAUCGAGUCCUUCGUCUACAAGGCGAAGAACUCCGACAGCAACGUGUAUCAAAGUGUGACUUCAGAAAAGGUCAAAUCCCAUCUCAAACCUCCAGAAGGUGACACGAUCAGUAUCAACAGCUACGAGUCGUUCGAAAACUACGAAUCCAUCGAACGACCAAACGACCAAUCUCCCAAGGAAGAGGACACCUACGAAAUUUGCAACCCGCCAGAACCGCUGCCUCCGCGGAACGCAUCCAUCUCACCGAACGAUCUUGUCAUCCCCCAGCCAAAGCGAAACCUCACCGCUUCUCCCAAGUUCUUGCCAAAACACCAACAAACCUACCAGUCCAACUACGAGAAGAUCACGUACGAUCAAACCCCUCCACGACCCCCAAAACCCGAGGAAAUCCCACUCCCCCCGCGGAACAACAUCCCCAAGGAGCACUCGCCCUCCCCCUCGGAAGAACCCAUCUACGAGGAGAACAUCUACGACACCAUCAAGAGCUGCGACGGUCUCGAUUACGACGACCCUAACGGCAGUGCCGAAGCGGUCAUCAAACGGCCCAAGGCCCACCUUCCGCCGGAUUCGAUCUCGCUAAUCUCCGACAACUGUUACGAGUCGAUCGGAACGAAGCUCACCGUAGAUUAUCUCCGGGGAGCCACCCUGCCCCGGAUGGGAUCGAUCUCGACGCUGGCUUCGGACCAGAUCACCAACAGUUUGUACGGGGUGCACACGGGCGGGGCGCCCAGUUUGACGCCACCGUCUGAGCGCGGAGGUGGCAGUGGGGGUUGUGGCGUCGGAGGCAGCGACAGCACCAGCAACAGUGCCGAGUGGACGGAUAUCUCCGACGACGAGGACGACGGAGAUGGGGAGGCGAGGCCGAGCCAGUUUAUCAUCGUCCGCAAACGGAACAAGACCCACCAGACGCCAGUUUGGAGUCGCAAGGUCCGCCACACGAUGGCCGCCAAGCAGCAGCAUCAACACUCGCAUCACCACCAGCACUCGCAGCAAGAUCAUCCCAAAGUGGACGAUGAUUCCGAUCACGUGUACGAGUCGCUGGAUUCGCACGGCCAGUCGCGGCUUAGUGCGGCAUCGACCCACACGUUCCGCAAUCUGCGAGCGGUUCCGGUGCCACCACCGCACGGCACGGAUCCGCAGACUCCGGCAAGUGCGUGGUCCAGUGUUGACUACGGCCACAGCCGGCCGGCCGAGGAGAACUUCCUACACGACGAUGACUUUGACUCGUUCGAGAGCGACAACGAGAGUGACGAGGAUCACCAUCGGAAGAACGACAGCGGGGUGGACAUUAGCAACGUCAAACUGCCGGACCCUCCGGCGUCCAGUGGUCAGGUGUACGCUCUGAUGCAGAAGAUCAAGAGCUUGGGGACGCUGUCCAAGUCGGAAAUUGCCAAAGGUUUGCACAAACUGUCCAAGAAGAAGACGAGUACUUCCAAGUCGCCAAAGAUCUUCACCGGCGAGGGGUUAACCUCUCCCGGUGGCAACGAAGAAACGGUGGUGAACUACGAGAACGCUCCACUGCCCAAGGUGCCUAAAACCAAGUCAAAAUCGUUCAAACUUCCACUGCAACUUGGUCCAGCCAAACCAGCGGACGAUUACGAGAACACCGACUUCCUGAACCCGCUGGCGGUGCCGACCACGCCAACCUCUCCCUCGCCCAACGGGUCCGCCCUCGCAUCUAGUCCCGCCUCGGAACAGGCGGACAAGUCCAUCCUAGCCAGUAUUAGCAACAGCGACUCCAGCAACGUCUCGACGUUCCGCAAAAAGUCCAAAACCGGCAAAUCGUUGCGCUCCAAGCUGCGCAAAAGUCUCCAAUCGGAAUCUAGUCUCAACAUCGGCAGCUCGUUCAACGGAUCGCGGAGUACGUUCUACGUGACGGACUCGCUGGACGUCGACUCCGGCAUCUUCAACGGCAGCGAACCCACCAGCUCAUCAUCCAAUCUCAACGUUGCGUCCGAACGGGACGCCCCGACGAUCUACUCUCCGCCCAAAACUCCACACAAAACGCCGGACGCCGAUCGGCGCAAGUCCGCCGGUGGAGGAGGAAGUCCCGCCAGUCGACCCACAAUCCCACCGCCGCCACCUCCGACGAACGCUCCUCCCGGCUCGGGCGAUAAAAAGUCGCUGAAGAACAGGAAGCUUGGCGCCACCUCGUGGUACGCCGAGUGCGGUGUCUUCAAGUCCGAAAGUCUGAAGCAGGCCGAGAACGAGCUCAAGAACAAGGAACGGUCCACGACCUCGUGGUACGCGGAAGUCGGGCUGUACCAGACGAGCGGGGCUUCCGUGGCAAGUUCCAGCGAAAGUUCCGGGGUGUCCACGGGUGGUGAGGGAGGUCCCGGGGACGACCACUCGCACAGCAUGUUCGUGAACGAGCCGCUGUACCAGAUCUACAACGCGGCCAAGCUGGAAUCGUUGACGCGCGAUAUCGACGCGGAGAUUACCGGGGGCGACACGGAGCUGUACGACGACGGGUACGAGAAGAUUUCCGACCACGGGAAGGACGGGGAGAACGGCGGAGGCAGUUCGGGCGACGAGGGUGGACGGAAGUUGCGCCCGAGUGCGUUCGAGCUGAUCGAGCCGAACGUGGGGAAGCUGAGGACGCUGUGGUGUGAGAUUCCGGAGGUGAUCAAUUCGGAGAUUUUGCUAACCCUAACUCCAACCGAGAAGCGCCUCCAGGAGGCCAAGUUCGAGAUUCUCACCUCGGAAGCGUCCUACCUCAAGUCGCUGAACCUGCUGCGGUCGCACUUUAUCAACCAUCCGGCGUUCCGGGACGUGAAGGUGCUGACCUCGUCCGAACGCAAGACGCUCUUCUCGAACAUCAUCCCGGUGCAGGAGUGUUCCGAUCGGCUGCUGUGUGAUUUGGAAAACUGCUGGCAGGACAACAUCAUGCUGCUCGGGCUGAGUCACAGCAUUUACAAGCACGCCGAGAAGCACUUCCACGUGUACGUCAACUACUGCGAGCACCAGGCCAAGAUCGAUCGUACCCUCAAGAACCUCAAGAUGAACAAAAGUGAGUUCACUAAGACACUGCUCGAGCUGGAAUCCGAUCCCGUCUGCUGCGGCCUCAGCCUGUCCUCGUUCCUGAUGCUGCCGAUGCAACGGAUAACGCGCAUGCGGCUACUCCUGGACGCGGUCCUCCAACGGCUCAAAACCGACGACGACGAGUUCCACAGCUGGGAGAAGACGUUCGUGCUGAUCAACCGAAUCCUGACGCAGUGCAACGACGCCGCCCAUCGGAGCGAGCAGAUGCACGAGAUGGAGACCAUUUCGCGCAACAUUGAGUUCCCCACCCACAUCCGGCCGCUCGCGAUCGUGCCGUGCGGGAUUGGACCGCCUGGGAGCGUGGUCAGAAAGUUGGAAAAGAGGGGGGAGCUGGUGCAUCUGAUGUGGCGCGGGGACGACGCCAAGCUGACGUUCGGUAAGAAGUUUAGCAAGAGCAGCAUCUACGCGUUCCUGUUUACGGAUCUGCUCGUGUUGACCAAGAAGAAGGGCGACGAGACCUUCCUCGUGACGGACUACUGCCCCCGCGCGCUGCUCACGGUCAACUCCGGUGACGUCGUGCCCCAGCUGCCCACGAAGGAGAUGCAGGCCAUCGGGAAGCACCUGAUCAUCAUGACGUUGCUGGAAAACCACGAGGGAAAGACGGUUGAGAUGAUCGUCAGCUGCCCGUCGGAAACGGAACGCGAACGCUGGCUCAAGGUGACCGAGCCGCUCUCGUCGGAGAAUCCGGACGAGAAGAUCUACGAGCAGUGGGACUGUCCGCAGGUGAUUGCGGUUCAUCCGUACCAGGCGCUGCAGCCGGACGAGCUCGAUCUGGACAUCAAGGACGUGGUGAACGUGCACCGAAAAAUGGCGGACGGAUGGUACGAGGGCGAGCGCAUCCGGGACGGUGCCAUUGGAUGGUUCCCCGGGAACUACACCAAGGAGAUUCUGACGGCGCACGUGCGGGCUAAACACAUCAAGCAGCGCCACAUGCUGCUCUCGUACACGUCCAAGAUCAUCGAUACCAACACGCGGACGCUGAAAAAGUGAGCCGCGAGCUCUGAUUCAAAUUGUAUAAAUUAGCAAAGAAGCAAUCGAUCAUGUUUGUGUAUGUUUUGUAUUUUUUUCUGUGUAGUUUUUUUUCGUUUUUUUUUUGUGUAAGAAUUGAACAAACCGCGUUGCAAUUACUAGGUUAGUGUUUAGUUCUUCGUGUUAGACAUAAGCUUAGUGAAAGAUCGCAACCCUUUUAACCUGUAAAAAGCAAGCAAUAGUACUUAUACUGUAAAUGUGUGCGUGUAAAAAGUUUGAAAAAAGUAUUUAAAUUAUUCUGCAAUACUAAUAUACCAGAUGUCGAUUGAAUGUUGUUUAGGACAGCAUUGCGAUGCAAGCAAGCGAUAUAUGAUUAAUGAAAAUGUAACUUUCGGUGAGAUAAAACCGUUCAGCGAUGGUAUUGCGAGUUAUUAUCAAUAUCAAGUAUUAUCAAUAAAAGUCAUUAUGAUUUGUUUAAAA